CGGAGGUACGACACCGUAUGCUGUUGCAUGACUCCCACCAAAGCUUGCACCGACGUUUACCAGUGAUUCACUUCUUCACCUUAGGACGGUAGACCCAUCUCGCAUACCUGUUAGCUCUUGCUGGGUUCAUAGGGUGUCAGCUGUGUCGAGAUCAAAAUGUCAGACGAUGUUGUUCUUGAGCAGCGCGACCGCAAGCAGCGUAGGGCUGCUGCUACUGAGGAGAACGGACAUGCGCCUGAUGUGCCGGACUUUGCCGCUGCCGAAGAUUUCGCUGGCCCUGAUGUGCCUGCCGGGGACUCGACGGACGCCCCUGCACAAGAGGACGUAGAGGACAGCGCAACCUCCAGCAACCGGAUCUUUUUUGUGCGCAUCCCCCGCCCUCCUAUCGAUGAUGACCUGGUCAAGAGGCUCUCAGCGCAGUUCCAAGACCAGGUCGCCAAGGUGAAGGCCGUCAGCGCUAGGCUGGCGACAAAGCGGGAGGAGCUGCGUGAGCUUCGCAACCAAAAGUCUAUCGGCUACUCCUUGAAGUUGGAUUCGAAGCCAGAGUACGGGGAGAAGCUAGACCGGAUGAGGCAGCUGCGUGACCUACGCAGGGAUUAUCGGCGCAGGAUAGAUGAAAUUACCUCUAACCUGAGGGGGCUGGAGUGCAAGAGCGAGGAGGAGCUUGAUGCUAAAGUGAAGGAGCUGCAGUACCAGAUUACCCAUGAGGGCCUCUCCCUCCGGGACGAGAAGACCGCCGUGCAUAAGAUUAGCAAGCUCCAGUCGCAGCGUGCGCAGACUCGCGAGUACCAGAGCCAGGAGGGGGUGCUCAAAGAGCUUAAAGCCGAGAUUGAGAAGGUGGACGCGACCCUGAAGGAGAUGGACGGCGAGUUCAAGAUUCUCCACAACGAGCGCGAGCAAGCGUCCGGCAUCAUCAAGGAGAUCAAGAGCAAGAUUGAGGCCUGCGAGGAAGAGGCGAAGGACAUCACCGAGGAGCUGGAAGCCGCCAAGGCCGUCAAGGACAACGCCCUAGCCGCACUUGAGAAGGCGCGCACGGAGCUGAACGAGUCCAUGGCGGAGUACCGGGAGAACCGCUCCUUCGGCCUCAAGGUGCGCGACCUGGUGACGGCGGGCCAGGUGGAGGAGGCGCGCGCCAUGUGCGCGGCCCAAGCCGACGCGAUGGUGGCCAAGUUGGGCUCUGACGCGGCUUACCGCAAGGAGUACUACAGCCUCUGGGCGCAGCAGCGCAAGUACGCAGUUUCGGAGCUGCUGCCGGACAGCACCGUGGCGGUCAAGGAGGCAAAGCCCGCGGCUAACAAGGCGAACGCUAAAGGCAAUGGCGCCAAGGCUGCUAAGGCGCCACCGCCCAAGCCGCAGGGUGCUGAGAAGGCUAAGCUGCUCAUCGAGCAGCUGAUGGCGGAGGCGCAGGCGGAGGCCAGCCGCAAGGCCGCUGGGCGGCCGGCGGCGGACGACGUGCAGUCCUCGGGCGACGCUGACGACGAGCUGGACUUCCCAGCGCCGGUGGCGGAGGCGCCCGCAGUGCCCGUGCCGGAGGCGGUGAAGCCGCGGGCAGCUGCCAGCGCCCGGCCAGCUGACCUGCUGAAGAUGGUGGAGCUGCCGAAGAUUGAGGACGAGGAGUUCGUGCCGCCGGUCCUUAAGAGUGAGGCCGACAAGGCGGCUGCUGCUGCGCUGGACAAGGAGCGGCUGCGCGAGGAGCAGAUCAAGAAGGCGCAGGAGGCGGAGCUGCGCAAGAAGAAGCUGGCAGAGGCGAAGGAGAAGAAGCGGAAGGAGGCGGAGGCUAAGAAGAAGGCGGACGAGGAGGCUCGUAAGGCCCAGGAAGCAGCAGUUGCGGAGGAGCGGGCGAAGCAGCUCGCCGCCGAGAGGGCGGAGGCCGAGGCGAAGCGGAAGGCACAGCAAGAGGCGGCACGCGCCGCUGCCGAGGCGAAGGCCCUCAGCUCCAACCCCGCCGCCAAGGUCAUUGCCAAGUCGCAGCUGACGGCGGUCGCCAAGCCAGUUAAGCGCCAGACGGGUAACGACCUGUACGCCCACUGGAAGGCGCUCACGAAGAACACGAACGUGGGCUUGUGGGCGAUGGCCGUUAUCCUGGGCAUCUUCCUGCUGGCCCUGGUUAUCAUGGCGGUACGCGCCUAAAGUUAGCUGGACUAGUACUGCCUCUUCAGCGGUUUAGAGCAGCUCCAACGCAUUUUCCUGUGAUGGUGCUGGGAAGGUCUGGUUGGUAGUGGCUAGAACUGACUUCCGAUGUUUUGGUAGCUCGACCUGGUUCGAGUGUAGUGGGCAGGAUGACGACAUGCUAUACGCUUCCACUCUGGUCUAUGUUGCAUGGGUUAUUCCCGGUUCUAAGUGGCGGUUCUUAAGCGUAGGCUGUAGGGGCGUGCACUUGUCAAAUGGCGGGGUUGCCAACACGGCGGAUUGACUCCGCUUGCAUGUUGCCGGGAAGGCACAAGGAUGUGGACGCAGCAUUCGACCCAACGUCGUGAACUGACUAAGCCUGCUGCUCGGGCUGUACGAGCGUUUAUAAUCUUUUUGGUAUAUCUUGUACUGAUGAUAUGCGUGGUUGCAUAAGGGUGUGUGGACGGCUUGGAGGCUCGCCAUGUCCACGUAACGAGCAGUAGGCAGCUCUCCUCUCCCAUCGAGACAUGCGGACUGACUGGUACAUACAACGCCGUGCUCGAAUGCUGCUUUGUGACAGGACUUCUUUGUUGCGCAUAAAUUACGCAGCUGUAAAUACCUGAUCAUGGUGAUCGAGACUGUAUAUAUAGCUUCGUCACAAAAUUUACAUCCUC